AUGGUGAGCCAAUUGAUUUGGCAACGGGCCGCUGCCUCGCGCAGACUGGUCGGACGUUUGUCCCCACAACGACGUAGCCUGGCUACCGAAGCAGCCUCGUCCCGCAUGCCGCCCUAUCCUAAGAUCCUCCGCAAUCUUGAGCAAGUCCGCAAGGUUCUUGGCUCUGAUCGUGCUCUGACCCUGGCCGAGAAGAUUCUCUACUCCCAUCUGGCUAAUGCUGAGGAGUCUCUUCUUUCCGGUACCAACAAUGGCCGCGACAUUCGAGGCAAUGCCAACUUGAAGCUGAAGCCUGAUCGUGUGGCUAUGCAGGAUGCUUCAGCUCAAAUGGCUCUUCUUCAGUUCAUGUCUUGCGGUCUACCUUCCACUGCCGUGCCUGCUAGCAUUCACUGUGACCACAUGAUUGUUGGUGAGCGUGGUGCCGACACCGACCUUCCGGCUUCGAUCGAGGGAAACCGCGAGGUGUUUGACUUCUUGGAGAGUGCUGCUAAGCGUUAUGGUAUUGAGUUCUGGCCUCCGGGCGCUGGUAUCAUUCACCAGAGCGUGUUGGAGAACUACGCCGCUCCUGGUUUGAUGAUGCUAGGUACCGAUAGUCACACCCCUAACGGUGGUGGUUUGGGUGCCAUUGCUAUUGGUGUUGGUGGUGCCGAUGCCGUUGAUGCCCUCGUUGAUGCCCCAUGGGAGCUGAAGGCCCCGAAAAUCCUUGGUGUCCGUCUUGAGGGCAAACUGAGUGGCUGGGCCUCGCCCAAGGACAUCAUUAUGUACUUGGCAGGCAAGCUGACUGUUCGUGGUGGUACCGGCUUCGUUGUUGAGUAUCACGGCCCUGGUGUGGAGACCCUUAGCGCUACUGGUAUGGCUACAUGCUGUAACAUGGGUGCUGAGGUGGGUGCUACCACUUCUCUCUUCCCCUUCUCCCCAAGCAUGGUGCCGUACCUAGAGGCCACCCACCGUGGCCACGUCGCGAAGGCUGCCGCAGAGAUUGCUGGUUCUGGUCCCCAGAACUUACUCCGGGCUGACCCUAAGGCUGAAUAUGAUCAGUUGAUUACUAUCAACUUGUCCGAGUUGGAGCCGCACAUCAACGGUCCUUUCACCCCGGAUCUGUCGGUCCCUCUGUCCAAGUUUGCUGAUACCGUCCGUGAGAAGAAGUGGCCCGAGACCUUCGGUGCUGGUCUCAUUGGUAGCUGCACGAACUCCUCGUACGAGGAUAUGACUCGCGCCGAGGACCUGGUCAAGCAGGCAUCUGCUGCCGGUCUUAAGCCCAAGGCGGACUUCUUCAUCACACCUGGCAGUGAACAGAUUCGUGCCACCCUCGAGCGUGAUCAGACUUUGUCCACCUUCUCAGGCGCUGGUGGAAUCGUAUUGGCUAACGCCUGCGGUCCCUGCAUUGGUCAAUGGAAUCGUACCGACGAGGUUCCCAAGGGCGAGAACAACGCCAUCUUCACCUCGUACAACCGUAACUUCCCCGGCCGCAACGACGGCAACCGUCAGACCAUGAACUUCCUGGCCUCUCCCGAGCUCGUCACUGCUCUCGCAUACUCCGGUAGCACCACCUUUAACCCAAUGACCGACUCCCUGACCACCCCAAGUGGUGAGGCCUUCAAGUUCCAACCUCCCAAGGGCUCGCACUUGCCCAGCGCCGGUUUCGAAGCUGGUAACCCCGACUUCCAGCCCACUGCCGCAAUCCCCAACGCCAGCUGCGAGGUUGUUGUAUCGCCCACCUCGGACCGUCUCGCUCUCCUGGAACCUUUCGCUCCCUUCCCUCAGUCCGACCUCUCCGGUCUGCAGGUCCUCUACAAGGUCAAGGGCCAGUGCACCACAGACACCAUCUCAGCCGCAGGACCCUGGCUCAAGUACAAGGGCCACCUGCCCAACAUUUCUGCCAACACCCUCAUCGGAGCCGUGAACGCCGCCACCGGCGAGACAAACGUUGCCUACGACGAAAACGGCGCGAAGCACUCCAUCCCUGAGCUUGCUGAGCAGUGGAAGGACCGCGGCCUCGAGUGGCUCGUCGUCGCAGAAGACAACUACGGCGAGGGCUCAGCCCGUGAACACGCCGCUCUCCAGCCCCGCUACCUAGGCGGCCGCGUCAUCGUCUCCAAGAGCUUUGCCCGUAUCCACGAGACAAACCUCAAGAAGCAGGGUGUCGUCCCUCUCACCUUCGCCAACCGCGAAGACUACGACCGCAUCGACGCCUGUGACGUCGUCGACACAGUCGGUCUCUACGACGUCCUGAAAGCUGGUGGCGAGGGCAAGCAGAUCCAGCUGCGCGUUACUAAGCGCAAGACUGGCGAGUCUUUCCUCGUCCCUGUCCAGCACACCCUUAGCAAGGACCAGUGCGCCUUCAUUCUGGCUGGUAGUGCCUUGAACUUGCUGGCUAAGAAGGCCAAUUCCUCUCAAUAG